GUGUCUCGCGGAUCAAUUUACGAGGAAUCUCGAAACAUUCAAGCUCGAAGUUCCAAACGACUAUAAUAUUCGCCGUAUCAUAAACAUGGCUGUUACUGCAACUGUCAAACCUUUGCCGACGCCCAAAGGAUCCUCCGUUGACUUCGGAUCCAUCAUCACUGGAGUUGAUCUCGAGAACCUCUCGGAUGAGGAUUUUCAGUUGAUUCAUGAUACGCUAUACAAAACUAGCGUUGUUGUCAUCAAGUCCAAACCCGAUGUUUCCGCUAAAGCACAAUACGAGCUCACUCGUCGCUUUGAUCCUUCGUCAACUGCAUACGGUCAUGGUAAGACACUGGAUGCCAAGCGUAGCAUCCUACAUCCCGACCUCAAGACAGUUCCACAUCAACCGCAAGUGCAGGUGAUUGGAAAUGGGUUCGUCAAGGAGUACGAAAGCCUAAAAGAUAUCACUUUGCGCCACCCUCAUCAUCGUACGUUCCAUCGUGAAGUCAUUCCCGACGAAGACGAUCUUGAUUAUACGCGAUUUUAUCGCUGGCACAUUGAUGCGGCUCUCUAUGAUCUGGACCCGCCGUUCGUGACAACUUUGCUGGCUGUGUCUUUGCCAUCUAAACGCCGACAAACUCUUCGGUACGACGAUGGUACUGGAGAUAUUCUUGACGUCUCUUUGGGCACAACGGCAUUCGUUAGUGGUUACCAGAUGUAUGAACGUCUGUCCGAAGAGGACAAGGAGUUUGUUCGCACUAGCAAGAUUGAGUAUGCGCCUCAUCCGUAUAUCUGGAUGAGCGGCACACGCUCUCUCCCAACCGGGUUGGGUCUCUACUCCGAAGGUCGAGAACUUGAUGACUCAGAGUUGCCUCCAUUUGACCCUAGCAAGAUCAAGAUCUUCCCGAUGCUGUGGAAGAACCCGGUGACGGGAAAACUGGCUCUUCAAAUCCAUCCGUCCGCGGUCAAGAAAAUUCAUUUAAAAGAUGGCAUUGUCAUCGAUAAUCUUGAGAAAGUCCGUGACAUUGUUUAUCGUUUGCAGAGGCCCGGUAUCAGUCCAGAGUACGUUUAUGCACAUGACUGGGAAGAAGGUGAUAUGGUAUUGUUCAACAACCGAGGAGUACUACACUCUGUCGUUGGUGCUUUUGCUCCGGACGAGGUACGAUUAUUUCGGCAGUGCAAUUUGUCUGCCAGUCAGCCUCCCGUAGGUCCUUGACUGGUAUUCAGAUUUAAAUUCUACAUUAUGAGAUCACGAAGUAUAGAGUACUAGAAAGAAUGAAUUUUCUAAUAGCACCGUUUAUUCGCGCG